GAACGUGUCUUACUAGUGAUGGGUAUGUCUAAUUAAUAAUGCUCCCUGCUAAAACAGGGACAUACAAACUGUUGCUACGUUUAUAAAAAGAGUACCUUCUUGCUAUACUAGGCUUAAGCACGCCAUGUGGCGCUUGGGACAAGUUAAAUAUAUAGUGGGCUUAAAUAAGUACACUGUAAUUAUUUUUGAUAAUAGAGGAAUGGGAUUUUCAGAUGCGCCUGCUGGUCUAUAUUCAACAUCUCAAAUGGCCAUUGAUACGUUGGAACUAUUAGACUACUUCGAAUGGUAUAAAAAUGUACAUUUGGUCGGUAUAUCGAUGGGCGGAAUGAUAUCUUUGGAAAUGGCUGAUGCCGAUCCAUAUCGCUUCAAGACGUUGACCUUAACAAGUACAACGGCACGAAGAAAUCUACCAACUUGGGCAGCCAUCUCAACUUUAUCGAAAAUAGCGUUCUAUUACCGUGAUCCUAAAGAUCAAUUAAACGCAGCUAUUGAUUUAGUCUAUCCAAAAGAAUGGCUACAACAGAAGCCAUCUGCUAAUUUAUCCAAUACGACAAAAGUAUUCGACACAAAUCGGGACUAUGCCAUUUAUGAAUUGAUCAAACAUAUCAAGCUUUCUCGUCGACAAACGCUCGUUGGUAAUUUGGGACAAACAGCCGCAUGCUUACGACAUUAUGUUUCAGAUCAGCGUCUCCAACAUAUUAAAUCAAGUGGGUUACCUGUAAUGAUUAUUACAGGUACAUUUGACAAUUUAGUACGACCCGAAUAUUCUUACCAUAUGAAAGAGAAGCUGGAGGCGAGGUUCGAGCUCUUCGAAGGGAGUGGGCAUGCUAUUCCCGAGGAACAACCUGAGAGAUACAAUCGUUUAUUAAUCGAUCAUUUUGAGUCCGCAGUGAAUAAUAGUAAUAAUAGUGAUAGCAAUGGCACCAGGUUAGCAAAGCUUUAACAUUUGUGAUUAUGACAACUAAUAAAUAGGAAGCAUAUAUCUAUUGCCAUAUACAUUGUUAUUAUGCGCACCGGACAAUAAAUUUUCAGUGGAAGGGGCCGAGUUACGUUAUCA